AUGCCGAAAGAUCGUCAAGAGGUGUCUCAACCGCUAAAAUUUGUGAAGGAAGGAGAUGCCGACCUUGAAACGCAACUGCUGCUGGAAAAACGAGAGCGUGCAAAACUAGACACGGAUUAUAAGACCAAAGAAAGGCUGACGCUGCAGGAACAACUACGUCUCAAUGCUAUCUUGAAACAAGAAAGUUUCAAUGCACUGGUCAAAGACCGGAACAGUUUCAACCGAGUCAGCGCAGAAGCCCUUGAUUUUUACAAAAACUUGCGUGAGACGAACGAAACGAAAAACCGGAACUUGGAACAGUCUAUUGAAGCGGAGAGUCGUUAUUUUGAAGUGAAAAAACAUGCUUUAGAGUGUACUACACCACCUCACUCAGCAGCCAAUUUGCGCUCACUUGAUGAGAGUGUGAAGAAGGUGCACGUUCCAGCCAAAAUUCACAAGCCCAAAUCAAGUUCCAAGAAUGGACUCAAGGGUAUUGUUAGGAAAAGAAAGUCAGGGUCUUCAAAACCAGCCGUGGGAAAAAAAGCAGACUGA